CCGUUCAAGCGCCGAGCUAGUAUGACUUCGGUGACUGAGCGUGCUGCGGUGACCAAGGAAGGAUUCGCCGAGCGAAUUCUUAAUCGCUGCAAAGUUCCUGCUGCUCCAGCGACCUACAUGCUGUUGGGGGCGAUUCCGCCGACUUCCAACAUUGUAGAGCGAUUGUUCAGUAUGGCACGUGCAGUUCUGCGUCACGAGCGUCACCGGCUGUCUCCUAUUUUGCUGGAGAUGAUUCUGUUCUUGAAGGUGAACAGCUCUCGCUGGGAUGUGGCAACUGUGUAG